ACACCAGCUCGACUGAUAAUCGAUGGUAUCGACUAUUGAACGUUUUCCGCCUCGACGCCACAACAGUAGUCCUUGAGCGUGUGCGUUUAUUGCGUUGGCUCCGUUUUGUUUGCGCGUAGUCCAGUGUCCUGCCGUCCCGAGUCCGCUGGCCGUGUCUCUCGUACCGCAGCACGCGUCCUGUUACCCGCUGUUGGUCGCCUGAUGCAUUUUCCCGCGGGCCUGUCGACGCGACCGUGGCGAUGCUGUGCCCGUGACGGACGUGCCGGAUCCGAACAAUCGGAGGCGCCCGCAGUGGAUCGGUCAAUUCGCCUCUGUUAAAUGACCACCGAGUUUACAUAAACUAUGCCAUUACCAAAGCGUGUCGUAGAACCCGUGCAUGUAGCACGUAACACAGUCUCACAAGCAGGGAGUUAUGGCGCUACAAAUUCAAUACCUAAUGAGUUAGAAGCUGUUACAAAUGGCACUCUUGCUAAUACAGUACGUCAGUUAUCAAGCUUAUCUAAACAAGCUGAAGAUAUGUUUGGUGAGCUUAUACGUGAAGCUCAUUCACUUACAGUACGAGUUAAUUCAUUACAAAUUAGGUUAGAUAGAUUAUCUGUCAACACUAAACAAUUAGAUAGUACUGGCGAAGAAGUAUCCUUGCAAGACAUUCAUAUGCGAAAGGCUUUUAAGAGUGCUAUUGUUUUCGAUCAGCAAGUUUUAUCAAGAGACACAAUGCCUGCACCAAUGCUUGAAAUGUAUUCACAAUGUGAUAAACCACCUCCUCUUUAUAAGCUUAAUCCUUACAGGGAGGAUGGUAAAGAUGGUAUGAAGUUCUACACUGACCCAGAUUACUUUUUCAAUUUAUGGAGAUUAGAAAUGUUAAAAGAUACAGAAAAAAUGAUGCAUGAUCGUGGAAAAAAACCUCACAGACCCAAAACUGAAGGUAGUGGUGGCCGACAUAAAAAAAGAGUCAGACAACCAUACAGUACAAGAGAAAGACAAAGACAACUGGCAACUCAACAUGGAGAAUAUAUUAUGCCUCAAGAUAAUUCCCAUUAUAGGGCCCCUCAUCAGCCGUAUGAAUACAUGGAAGAAAGCACAAUGAUGUUAGGAUUAUCAAUGAAUGAUCAACAUCGACCAUCAAGACCCAAUAGCAUCGAGUUACGUAGAUCUUAUGGUCCAGAGCAACUUCAUAAUCACACUGGAAAUAACAUGGUAGAUGGACAUAUCUACAGUCCUCCCCCUAUGAAUAUUAUUGAUAGCAAUAACUAUGCUGCACCACUUAGUAGUAAUAUGAUGUAUGAUGAAUCAAAUGUAUACAAUCAUCAAACACAACAAAACAAUUACCAAUACACAGGAAGUAUGGGCGAAGUAAUAAGUCCAUUGGGUACACCUAGUCGAGGAGGUAGAAUUAGACCAUCUCAACCACCUCCUGCUCCACCAAGCAAUAAUAAUUCAAAUAACAGUACCCCUACUGUUUCAUCGGCCAGCACUCCAACUCGUGGUCGCAGUUUGAGUUCCAAUCGUGAAACAUUGCCUCCUCCGCCACCUCCUCCAAUUGAGAACAAUUUACCUUUUACAGAACCUUUACCACCACCUCCCCCACCUGUAUCUAUUAGCCCUCCUUUGCCAUCAGCAAACAUUCCACCUCCUCCACCAUUACCACCAAUGCCUGAUCCACCAGCAACAUUAGCUAAUGGAGAUAUAAAAUCACCUCCAAAACAAAAAUCUCCUCCUAAUCACAUAAUUCAAUCCAAACCACUAGUACUCCCUGCUGAAUGUAACAAUGUUAGACAGCUUAAUGGUGUUAUUAAUGAUUUAAAAACAACUGUUACCAAUAUCAGUAGCGGCACUGUGAGUGCAUUAAGAAAAACACCUGGGCCAGGUCAUGUCACUCAUUAUGAUCCACGUAGCGAUUUACUUAAAGCAAUUAGAGAUGGUGUUGAAUUGAGAAAAGUAGAAAAAAUUAAACAAAAAGAAGGAGAACGUAGUAAUGCAUUGCAUGAUGUUGCUUCAAUAUUGGCCCGUCGUGUAGCUGUUGAAAUUUCUGAUUCAGAUUCAGCAUCAGGUAGUGAAUAUGACAGUGAUGGUUGGGCUGAAGAAACUUGCGCAUAGUGAAUAAAUGAAGUAACAUAAUUUUCAUCAAACAUUCCUUGUCAUUCUAUUAUUAUAUUAUCAAUACUUUAAAAGUUUCAUUAGCUAUCAUUUUUGUUUCCUGUGUGUCUAUGUGCUUGUGUUGAAAAUCCAUAUUUUUCUGUUUGAUGAUAUUUAACAAUCUGAUGCAUUAGCUAGUUUUCAUAAAAUAAUAUUACAGUCAACAAAAUCGAAUAAUUCCUAUUGAAAAAAAGCCAUUAAUUUUUUUCAAUUUUUUUUCUUUUUAUAGUUUACAAA